AGAAAAGUCAACACAACAGACAAACACACAAAGGACAGACAGACAAAAAAAAAAAAAAAAAGAAAGAAAGAAAGAAAAAAAGAAGAAAAGAAAAACAGGAACAGAAUGUAUACUUAUUUGGGAAAAUGGAUCAUGGUUAACAACAGUAAAUGUGAAUGCCCUUUCCUCCCUGCCCACCCACGGAAGUUCCAUUCCUUUCCAAGUCACCCAUUCGGGAAGCCUCCUGGGAUGUCUCCCCUGGGUUUCUCCUGGGGCCUCGAGGAGAGGGCUCUCUGGCACGGUCCCCACAGUGGACUGGCUCUGCCUGGGCCCUGCCCGGCAGAGAUCAUGUAUCGCCUCCUGGGGCUGUGGCCUGUCCUCAAAGGGCCCAGACCUCACAAUACCGCCCUAUGGUUGCCGCGGGACCGCCAUGGGCUCCUCCGUGCUAUGCCCCCACGUGGCAGGAGAGGGUUCUGUACCUAGUAUCUCUCUCGGCAAUAGGUGCUCGGGCAAACGACUAGCGAAUUAAAGUAGCGGGCCCUGCGGGGAGGAGGAGCAGUAGCUAACAGGCAGAGGAUCUCUGAGAAGCUACAAGUGGAGGCGGCGCCACCAGAUACUUUGUAUUAAGAUGGCAGCCUGGGCCAACCUUGCCUUUUUCAAGUGACCCGGCGUCAUUUUACCCAAACCAGCAACUUCUUCGAAAGUCAAUGCAGAGAAAACAACUCUGCUACUUCAUCCAAACUGAACUCGUUUGGAUCAUUACACUUCCAUCUGCUGCUGGCACUGUACAGAACCAGACCUUCAUGAGCUUUUAAUCAAAAUUAAUUUUCUAGCCACAUAAGGGUAAAUGCCAGUUGGCCCAAGUCAGGCAGCUUGCUAUAGAGAAGUGCUUGGCGGGCCACUGGUACGCCGGGGCCGACCUCAGAAACCGCAUUUGGGUCUUCCCGCCCGAAAACCCGCGCUCCGCGAGCGACUGGCAAGACUGGCGCUCAGCCGCCUGGGCAGGAAACAGGUCAGGAGUAGUCACAAUCCUCCGGUAGCUACAGGGAAACCCGGCUCCGUACUCCAGCUGCUCAGCACAAGAGUACAAAGAACCGUUCUGGCUAGGCAGACCUACCAGGGCCUGGGGGAAGGGAGCGGAAGACAGAGAUUGAAACGUCCGGUCCCGGAGAAAACUAUCCCAACAUAUUCCAAUUACUUCUCCGUAGAGUUCACUCCCCACGUACACAAAGGGUGCUGAUCCUGCCUGCAUCCCUCCCACAGAGUAGAUCCUUGGUGACUACCAUUUUUGCGCCCAGAGUGCACGGUCCUGGUUCAGCUCCCUACAGUAGCCACCUCGUCCGCAGAUGAUUAUUAUCUUGCUACCGAAAGAAGCGGGAUGCAAAGAAUCAUAGGGGGUUACGCGCUCAGGGGACUCUAAUGAAGCAAAGACCUGGGCUUAAAAGUCACACGCUGUGAUGCCAAGGUUCCUGGAAGGGGCACCUUUUUUUGAUCUACAGGGCAGAUUACCCCUCCCUAACUUCGGUUUUUCAUCUGUGCCUAAGGUGGGAUAUGGGGGAACACGAAUACUAGACUCAAAUUUGCAGGCUCAGAGAGAAGGGCGCAGCACCAAGAGGUUUGCAUCCCGCACCCUUGCCCCUAUGCUCUACCCAGAGUCGCAGUACCCUUCCAUUUUAUACGAAAAUUCAAAAGCACUGCGGAAUCUUCUGGAAGGGGGCUAAAAUGGAAUUCAGGAGGUGGGGGUCGGUGUGGAAAGAGCAGAUGGAUUAUUUUUUUCCUCUCCUGGCGAAUGAGGACAGCCCCCACCCACCCCUCCUCAAGAAGCUCCCCCAAGCACGCAUGCGCAAUUAGGUGGCGGGCGGGUAUUUAAGGCGCGGUGGCAGCUGCUGCAGCAGUGCGCCCAACAGCUGACUCUGAGUGAUCAGCAGAUCUUGGCGAACCCUCGCUGUCGACCACCCAUCCACUGCUCUCGGAACCAUGGCGGCAGUGGCGGCAGCCUCAGCUGAGUUGCUCAUCAUCGGCUGGUACAUCUUCCGUGUACUGCUGCAGACCCUCCCCAGUGCGCCCGUGCCCGGCUGGGAACAAAGACUCGGGGCGCGGCGGGCGACCGCUGCGGACGAUCAACCGAGGCUUUUAGCGACUUACGCGGUGUUCCUGGAAUGCUGCAUUUACUGGGUAGGAUUCGCUUUUCGAAAUCCUCCAGGGACACAGCCCAUUGCAAGAAGUGAGGUGUUCAGGUACUCCCUCCAGAAGCUGGCGUACACGGUGUCGCGGACCGGGCGGCAGGUGUUGGGGGAGCGCAGGCAGCGAGCCCCCAACUGAGACACCAGCUCCCAGCCCUGGGCGGCGGCAUCAUCAGGUGCUCCUGUGCAUCUCCGCCAGCAUGGGAGCCAGAGCCGCACAGGAAUGGGGGGUCCCCUGUGCUCCCUCGCCAGAGGAGCACUUGGCAAGGUCAGUGAGGGGCCAGUAGGCCCCCUCUCCCCCGAGAAGUACCGACAAUGAAGAUGAUACCAGAUCCCUUCCCAACCCCUUUGCCCCAUCCCACUGAGGGGCAAGGUAAGGGAGGAGGGAGAAUGGGGGAAGCAGAUUCCUGAGAUCUGGGCAUAGGCACCACAUUCUGAUCUGGAUCAAGCCGGGACAGCACCAUCCCAGCCCCGCAGCCACAGCCAUACCAGCAGGCCCACUACGAAGAUCCAGACACUACACCAGCCAGCAGAAUGGACAUUCUGACAUCACCAGCCGAAGCCCUAAAUCUCAGUGCAGCCCAGAAGGCAUCAACUAUGUGCCUGUGUGGCAGGACUCUGGAGGGGGUUAAGACAUGGGAGUAGGGCCCUCUCUGUUGUCCCCUGCCUAUGGCACAUGCAUUCCAGCCUUGCUGCCUAUGCUUCCUCAAUCCCCUUUCCCCCUCACUGCCUCCCAAGCCCCAACCCCCAAAGAAAUGUGUCACUUGAUUUGGACCUAUUCAACCAGCAAACAAAAGAAUUCCAUCUUUAUUAAAAUGCUUUCUCCGUAGCCCCCCCUCCCUCCUCACUGAUCUUGCUAUUCCCUGGUCUCAUGCAGUUGUGGUCAAUAUUGUGGUAAUCGCUAAUUGUACUGAUUGUUAAGUGUGCAUUAGUUGUGUCUCCCCAGCUAGAUUGUAAGCUCCUGGAGGACAGGGACCACCUCUACAAAAAAUAAAAAACCAGUACCUUCUCCAUCUUGCAGUGUCCCAGGACCCUGUGAGGUGAUGGAGGCGCACCAAAAA